CGCCUCCAAAAUGAAUCUCUCUGAAACAUUAUCAUCAUCUUCUUCGAAUCAUCACAAAACCCUAUCUAAAACCUUGCGUAAAUUCUCUACAAAUUACAAAGCUUUAGAUUUUCAUUUCCUGUUAAAUUACAUGGGAUCAAGCCUACCCAUGUAAUUUCAGGAUAGGGCCUCACAGGAUGGAAGAAAUCGAAGAAAUUGAUCCUGGUGAUGAAGAGUGCUGGCAGAUGGUGGAGUUCGAGGAUUACUCAAAAUCCGAUGUGAGCAAUGGCAAGUUAAGUUGGAUAUGGAGAAACGGGGUGAAUUUGGGAAAGAAAAUGGUGGUGACGGGUGUUGUGGUCUCAUCUGCAUCCUUUUUUCUUCCCCCUCUUGUAGCUUUAUCUGCUAUAGGGUUCGCCUUCUCUGUUCCUGCUGGCUUUGUGAUUAUCAGCUACGCAUGUGGUGAGAAGCUUUUGGACACUUUGCUGCCAAUGCCUUUGCCAACUCCUUAUGAAGAAUACGAGCCAAUGUAUAGUGAUGAGUUGGUAGAGUACGUGGUUGACAGAGUUGAGAUUGACGAGGGAUAUGAAGAAGAAGAAAAGGAAUUUGAAGAGGAUACUAGAAAGGGAAUAGAAAUGAGGAUCGACGUGUCUGAAGAAAUUAAUAAAGAAAACAGUGAUCAUGUACAAGGUAGAAGGUUGUCAGAAAUGAGUGAGAUUGUUGAAGAAGGGGUGUAUGAGGAAGAUGAUGUUGGGGAAUGUAUGGAGGAUGAGGAUCAGCAUUUAGAUUCUAAAAUAAUUCCUGAUAUACUUGAAGGGAUCGAAGAGGCAGAGAAUGAGAUUUCCUUGAUGAAGAAGGAAGAUGGUGGGAUUCCACGAGAUUCGUUAAGCGCAUUUUCGGUAGAGGCUCAAGAAAGUGGAGAGAAUGAGAACAAUGUUGAACAAGCAAGGGAAGACUUGGCCUUUGUAGGUGGGGAGAAUGAGAAUAAUGUUGAAGUAAGGUAUGAGGAAGAUGUUGGGGAGCAAAUAGUUCCUGAUAUACUAGAAGAAAUCAAAGGGGCAGAGAAUGAUGUUUCUUUAAUGGAGAAGGAAGAGGUUGUGGUUCCAUUAAGGGAAGUUGUUGUGGAGAGUCAAGUAGGUGGUGAGGAUGAGAACAAUGUUGAACAAAUAACGGAAGACUCGUCUUUCUUAGGCGGGGAAUAUGCGAACAAUGUCGAAGUAGUAACAGAAGAAGACAUGGUUUUUGUAGGUGAGGAGGAUGAGAACAAUGUUGAACAAGUAGCGGGGUAUGAGGAAGAUGAUGAGGAGCAUCCUCAAAAAACAGAAGUUCUUCCCGAUGUAUUAGAAGGGAUUGUAGAGACAGAAAAUCAGUUUCCUUUAGUAGAUGGGGAGAAUGUGAACAAUGUUGAACAAGUAGCGGGGUAUGAGGAAGAUGUCGAGGAGCAACCUCAAAAAACAGAAAUCCUUCCCGAUGUAUUAGAAGGGAUUGUAGAGACAGAAAAUCAGUUUCCUUUAGUAGAGGGGAAGAAUGUGAACAAUGUUGAACAAGUAACGGAAGAAAUUGCCUUUGUACCAACAAGAGACGGAACAGAAGAGGAUGAGUAUAGGGGAAAUGUUGCUGGCUUAGACGAGGAAAAACUAAGAAGCGAGACAACAGGAUUGAUUGAAAAAAUGAGGGAUGAGGGUAUAAAUGACCAGAAGAAAACAAAAGAAAGUCCAGCAAAGGUAACACCUGAAGAAAAUGAGAUAGGAGACAAGAACCUUAUUGUCAUUCCUGAAGAAACUGAGCCAGCAAUUGAUGAUAAGGGGGUGAUAAAUAGCUUCGAAAGUGACGCGAAUUCUGAGUAUUUAAGUUUUGAAGAGGAUGAGAGUGGAUUAAUGCAUGAGGAGCCAAAAUCUGCUGUACAAAAUCAGUUAAUGGUAAAUGUGAAGAUAGAUGGUGAUCAUACUGUCACUGAUAUUCACCAAGGGAGCAGUGCAGAUAAGCUAGGGACUUUGCUUCUUCCCAAAGGUAGGGAAACAGCUGAUGUAAGUGGUACAGUGGAACCCGAUCAAGUUGCAGAUUCAUUUGACAAGAAGUCUGAAGGGGAUGACCUGUCUUUGAAUAAUGAGGCUGAAGUGAGUGUUGAGUAUCGCGAGGUUUUGAUUGUAUCCUCAUUGUCUGUGUCAGAAUCUGCAUCGGAUCAAGGAACUAUUUCUUCUUCUGAUAAGGUAAAACCAGAUGAGGAGAAGAUAUGGGAGCAAAUCAAUGCAAUGCGAACCAUUGUAGGGUACAAGAACACACCUAACCCUUCAUGUGAAGAGGAACUGAAAGCUCUUUACGCGUUUACUGGGGUCGAGCCACCAGCAGCCUCGUGCAAGGGCCCUGUUGAUCUUGCAGAUAUCAACGAAAAGCUUCACUUUUUUAUGUCGAUCGUCGGUGUCAAGUAAAUUGUUCUACUAUUUAAUUAGCCAGUUAGUUGAACAUUUUCCUUUUUGGAGUAAUAGUUUGUUUAUUGUUAUGGACUUUAGAAUAUCCUUGUGCAGCACAAGAGUUAUGUGUAGAUUUGGUUUGUUGUUAUUUUAGUUUUGCUUUUGUGUUUUUAUAGGAAGAUAAGUAGACUCACAUUGUUAUUUAAGCAGGAAGUGCAUGUGUUUUGUUAGCUAAAGCAAGCUCUAUAUAACAACUUUACUUGCUGCAGAAUACUCUGUGUAAAGAUCAGUAUUGUAUUAUUAUCUGCUGAUUUUUCGCC